AUGUUGGACAACAGAUGGGUUGUGCCUUAUAACCCAUACCUGCUGCGGAUGUUCAAUUGCCACAUCAACGUUGAGGUCUGCUCCAGCAUAAAGGCCGUCAAAUAUCUUUACAAGUACAUUUACAAGGGCCAUGAUAAGGCUUCUUUCAGCAUCGACCAUCCCGACGCCGAUGGUAACAUUGAUGAGAUCAAGAGAUACGUUGAUGCAAGGUGGAUCACCCCUCCGGAGGCUAUGUGGAGGAUAUUUGGCUUUCCACUUUGCGCCAAUUACCCACCUGUCUUGCAGUUGCCUCUUCAUCUCCCGAAUAUGCACAGGGUCGCAUUCAAUGCGCAGGCUGACUUGAAGAAUGUUCUCGCCUCCGAAAAUAAUUCAAAAUCCAUGUUAACGGAGUAUUUCAAGGCUAACCAGGAACACCCUCGGGCUAGGCAUAUAUUGUACAAGGAUUUUCCCGGAAGCUUCACGUGGCAGAAGAAAAAGAAGUUUUGGAAGCCGCGGGUCGAGCGUUUUCAAAUAGGUCGCAUCGUGUCUGCCAAUCCUGCCGAGGGUGACCGAUACUACCUGCGUGUGUUGCUAAACCAUGUUACGGGCAAAACAUCCUUCGACGACUUGCUCACCGUGGACGGCGUUCUAUGUGGGAGCUUUAGAGAAGCUGCUGAAAGGUUGGGACUCAUCGAGGCAGACAACACGCUCGACAACUGUCUUACUGAGGCUGAGCAGUGGGCGAUGCCAUGUUCUCUUAGGAGGCUCUUCGCAACCAUCUUGGUGCACUGCGAGCCAGGCGACGUGCGUGGUUUAUGGGAUAGGCACCUCGAUCCUAUGUCAGAUGACUAUCGUCGAUCACGCACGUCCCCUAUCGAGGUGGAGCAGAUGGUGUUGCUUGACAUUAGGGGUAUGUUGCAGUCCAUGGGUAAAGACAUUGUUGAUUUCGCUCUUCCAAGCAUAGAUGAUGCGUUUGACCCAACCGAGGGUGAGGCAAGAGAGGUCAUCGAGGAAUCAACUGUUGAGUUUGACGUGGAUGAUACUAAAUUGGCAUCUUCCCUGAACUUGGAGCAGAGGGCCGCAUACGACGAGAUACUAGCGGCUGUUGAACGCGGUGAUGGGGGUGUAUUCUUUGUUGAUGGCCUUGGAGGUACAGGGAAGACCUUUCUAUACAGGGCGAUGCUUGCCAAGGUGAGGAGCGAUGGCAAUAUUGGUAUCACUACCGCGACGUCGGGCGUCGCCGCUUCUAUCAUGCCUGGCGGCAGGACUGCCCACUCGAGGUUCAAGAUCCCAUUGAGUUGCGAUGAUGGAGCCUCGUGCAGCUUCACAAAGCAGAGUGGGACCGCCAAGCUGCUUAGGAUGGCCUCAUUGAUAAUAUGGGACGAGGCCAGCAUGACGAAACGACGAGCGGUCGAGGCAUUGGACAAUUGCAUGCGCAAAGGACAAUCCAAAGAAGCGAAAAAGACCGACCGUGUCAUUACUAACCUCGAUGAAGAACAUCGUCUACAAGGAAGUCCUUACAGGCUGAAGUCCGGUCUUAAUAGACCGGCAGGUUAUGUAAUGACACAACAUUUACUCUUGUGA